AUGUCUUUAGAUGCUGCUUUAGGUCAUAAGCUCAAGAAAAGACUGAAGCUUUCGUCUCUCAAUUCUUCUUAUAAAGGAAGCAGUAGAUCUAGUACUCGCCGAAGUGAUGAUGAAACAAACCCUCGGAAUAGUAGUAAAACAAAGGUUUCGUAUAUGAAGAAGAAGAGGGCCUACGCCACUAAGGAUGAGCACACUGAGCAUAACCAUGUGAACGAAAUUCCACGCACAAUUUGGGCUGCCACGAAGAGAAACGAAAGUUCUACUUCUAGUUUUAAGGCCACUAACGGUUCUGCAAAAGCUGCAACAGGUGUGUUUAAUACAAAGUCACCGAGGGGUGAUGAUGAAAAGCAUGCUACUCGAAAGCAAAGCUACCGGAAGAGAGAUGAAAUGGAUAAAACUGGAGAUAUUAGGCGAAGGAAAAGCUCGGAAGUGCCGUCGUUUAAGGCUAAAAGGCAUGGACUUGCAGAGAAGAGAGUCUCGGACGAUGGUUUGGAUAGUCAGGAGGAUCAACCAAGGAAGAGAAAGAGGAUACGACUAGAUCCCUAUGAUACCUCGAAUAAAAGAAUAGAUGAUGAUGUCGUUCUUGAUGAAGGUCGUAUGGAAAAGAAGAAGAACGGUGAAGAGAAAAGUGUUGGAAUGUCGAAAAAUGCACAGUUUCGUGCAAUUCAGCCUAGUCAGUCGAUCCUUUCCUAUGUAGAAGAAAAUCUGUUGGGGCGUAGACGCUUGAUUGAGCUAAAGAAGGCUGGCUACAACAUAGAGCUUCCUGCUCCGUUAGAUAAUAUUCCUCAGUCUACCAGCACAGAGAGAGAGCGUAUAGAAGAAAGUGUAUUUAGGAAUAAAAUGGAAUUCUUUGCUGCUGCAAAUGUUUCAUCGUCAUUUCCACCUCCUGAUGUACCUGAGAUCGCGUUUGCAGGAAGGUCAAAUGUUGGCAAAUCGUCUCUGCUAAAUGCUCUUACCAGACAGUGGGGUGUAGUGAGGACAUCUGACAAACCAGGACUGACUCAGACCAUCAAUUUUUUCGAUCUUGGUCCGAAGGUUCGCCUUGUUGAUUUGCCAGGCUACGGCUUUGCCUUUGCAAAAGAUGAAGUUAAGGAAGCCUGGGAAGAUCUUGUAAAGGAAUAUGUUUCAACAAGAAGUAGUCUUAAACGGGUAUGCCUUCUUGUUGACACCAAAUGGGGUAUGAAGCCAAGAGACCAAGAACUUAUUAAUCUGAUGGAGAGAUCGAAUACAAAGUAUCAGAUAGUCUUAACCAAGACAGAUGUGGUUUUCCCAAUGGAUGUGGCACGUCGGGCAAUGCAAAUCGAAGAGAAGUUGAAGGCAAACAGGUCAAUUGUCCAGCCUCUGAUGAUGGUGAGCUCAAGAUCAGGAGCUGGCAUAGGAAGCUUAAGAACUGCCCUUGCUAAAAUUGCAAAGUUUGCCAAGUUCUAG